GGAAAUGGAUGGCAACCUCUCUCUCUCUUCACCUCCACAAAAACGAAAUUACCAAUUAUCCAUUCAGUGCUCUACUUACUACACAUUUCUCUAUACCAGAAAUCAAUGCCCCGCCCGCCUUCUUUAACUUCCCCUCGUUCGCCUUUCCAAUAAUAAUAAUCAUAAAAAUAAUCUUCUGAAAAUCAUAAAUCAUGAUUAUAAAUCUCCCUUCAUCUUCUUCCUCUCACUCUCUUCUCAGAUUCAUCAAUUCAAAAACACCCAUUACAGAUUUCUCCUUAAAGCCCAAAACCCACUUCUCCAAACCCUUAUCUUCUUCUCCAUGUUCCAGAUUUUCCACCACCAGCAACAACAGCAGCAGCAGCAGCCUAUUGCUUUUCAAGAAUACAAGAUUCCGACAAGGUACGAGGAAAAAGUUUACAACUUUGGCCAUAAACGGGUUCGAUUUCGAGAACGCGCAGUCAGUUGUUGAAGCGGUUGCAGUACUGACAGCUAUUAUCAUUGUCCACGAAAGCGGCCAUUUUCUUGCAGCUUAUCUUCAGGGGAUUCAUGUGAGUAAAUUUGCAGUUGGGUUUGGUCCGAUCUUGGCUAAAUUUAAUUCGAAUAAUGUGGAGUAUUCAAUUAGGGCUUUUCCUCUUGGUGGGUUUGUGGGUUUUCCCGAUAACGAUCCCGAUAGCGAUAUUCCGGUCGAUGAUGUGAAUUUGCUGAAAAAUAGGCCAAUCUUUGAUAGGGUUCUUGUUAUUUCUUCUGGUGUGAUUGCUAAUAUUGUGUUUGCUUAUUUGAUUGUUUUAGUUCAAGUGUUGUAUGUUGGGUUGCCUGUUCAAGAAUCGUUCCCCGGGGUGCUUGUGCCCGAGGUUAGGCCGUUUUCAGCUGCUUUACGAGACGGUUUAUUGACCGGAGACGUUAUUUUAGGUGUUAAUGAUUUUGAAAUCUCCAAAACAGGUCCGAAUUUAGUAACCGAAGUUGUUGACGUUAUUCGAAAAAGUCCCAAUAAAAAGGUAUUGUUUAAGAUCGGUAGGGGAGGAGAGAACCUCCAAAUUAAUGUCACCCCUGAUGAGAGUACAGACGGUACGGGCCGAAUCGGAGUUCAAUUAUCUCCAAAUGUGAAGUUCUCCAAAGCUAGGCCGAAGAAUGUGUUCGAAGUUUUCACUUAUUCGGGCCGUGAAUUUUGGGGCCUAACGUAUAACGUCGUGGACAGUUUGAGGCAGACGUUCAUGAAUUUCUCUCAGUCGGCAAGUAAAGUUUCGGGCCCUGUUGCCAUUAUAGCUGUGGGUGCUGAGGUGGCGAGGUCGAAUUCUGACGGGCUUUAUCAGUUUGCUGCUAUUUUGAAUCUUAAUCUUGCGGUGAUAAAUAUUCUUCCACUGCCUGCAUUAGACGGUGGUUCUUUGGCGUUGAUACUCGUAGAGGCGGCAAGAGGUGGGAGAAAGCUCCCUUUGGAAUUAGAGCAAACGAUUAUGUCUUCCGGGAUUACGCUUGUCCUAAUUCUUGGGGUGUACCUCCUUGUUCGUGAUACGUUAAACUUGGAGUUCAUUAAGGAUUUAUUAUAGUACUCGGGUUUUGGGUUAUAAUUUGUGUCAUACACUUUUGUUCUGUAUCGUAUAUAAGGAUUCUUGGUGUAUGAAAUUGCUUCCUUCGGUUCUUGUGGCAUCUUUUAAAGGUGAGAUGAUAUGGCAUACACGAAGUUGUGAAUUGUUUUUUUUUUCUUUUUUUUGUGGAAAUUUGUCGAUUUCUGUACUAAGUUACUUGAAGCUGCUUUUAUUCUCAUGCGCAGCUUUUCACAUUCUAGUAAUACAGAUUUUCGGUAUUAA